UGGAAAGGACUUAUAUUCUGAAGGAGUCCCAAACUCCGUGACCAGGAAGUACUUAGUUAUUAUUGCCUGUUUCACAGCGGUGUGGGUCUUUGUUUAUUAUUCCCGGCGGUUUCUUUAUCAAGCAUCGUGAAUAUGGAAGACGAAUGGGAGGAGGAGGAGCAGUUGGUUGUGGUUGAGCUCUCUGGUAUAAUUAACUCAGAUUUUUUGACCAAGUGUCAGGGAACCUGCAAGAUACUGGACAUUGACAGUGAGCAGCCAAUGAUGCAGGUGGGAAGAUACGUGUUUGCGGGAGAGUAUGACGAUGCCUUGGGCACCUGUGUGCUCUUCGAGGAGGGACAGACGAGUGGGGCAGACCCAGAAGCCAGUCCAGAGCUGAGCUAUAAGUGCCACACCGUUAAGAGACUGAUGAUGCAGAGAACCUUCCUUGCUGAGAAAAAGGAAGGAGACAACAGCUCAGGUUACACACACAGAGACUUUCAGUUUCAGCCACUGAGUGACGGAAUGUCCCCAGCCAGACUGGACUCACUCUCUCACUUCAUCCAGAACCCAAAGAGGACCUCCAAGCCAGCAGGGGAAGGGGGAGCACACACAAUGGGGCAGAAGACUGGGUAGAGGGGUCAGGCAGGACACUGUCAGCAACUCCAGUAAUUAGGUUUUACCUCUGAUUUGUAAUUAUAUUUUUGUACUGUGUAUGUUGUUGAAAUAAAUAUGUGACGCUUUCUAGA